AUGAGUGUGGCAGAGAAGCAGCCACCCCCCGCACCGCGUGAGCGCCCGGUCACCCUCCUGGUCCCCACUUGGACUAAAACGGGUAUUGCACUUUUGUAUGAUGAAGGAUCUGAAAAUGCUUUUGACAUCCGAUUGAAGCUUACAAAAGAGGUACUCACAAUACAAAAACAAGAUGUUGUCUGUGUUAGUGGAAGCAAUCACAGUGCAAAUCACAGAACUGUUACACUUCACAGACAACCUGUCGGUGGCUUGGGCCUAAGUAUUAAGGGUGGUGCUGAACACAAGGUACCUGUCGUCAUCUCAAAAAUUUUCAAAGAUCAAGCAGCUGACCAAACAGGAAUGCUAUUUAUAGGAGAUGCAGUAAUACAGGUCAAUGGCAUUAAUGUAGAAAAUGCAACACAUGAGGAAGUGGUACAUCUAUUACGAAAUGCUGGCGAUGAAGUUACCAUCACUGUUCAAUAUCUCAGGGAAGCUCCAUCAUUUCUGAAGCUCCCAUUAGGAUCCCCAGGACCAUCCAGUGAUCACAGCAGUGGUGCUUCUUCACCUCUCUUUGAUAGUGGUUUACAUUUAAAUGGAAAUUCCACCAACACAGCACCAUCAUCACCUUCCUCGCCCAUAGCUAAUGAACCAAAAUAUGAGAAGCGCUGGCUAGACACCUUAUCAGUUCCUCUCUCUAUGGCUCGAAUCUCAAGGUACAAAGCUGGAACAGAUAAAUUAAGAUCUAAUGCUUUUGAAGUGCUAGCCCUGGAUGGAGUCAGUACCGGCAUCAUUCAGUUUUAUACAUCCCAGGAGAGUGCUGACUGGCUAAGAGCAGUAUCAACUAACAUUGGCGAUUUGACACUUCAAAAUAUGAAAAUGGCAAAUAAAUGCUGUUCUCCUUGUGAUCAGGUUGUACAUAUGGGGUGGGUAAAUGAGAGGAUCCAGGGAAUUGACUCACCUCAACCCUACAAAUACAAGUUCCUGGCCCUGAAAGGUUCAUCCUUCUACAUUUUCAGCACUCCACCGGUGAGUACAUUAGACUGGGUACGAGCUGAAAAAAUCUAUAACCUCUGUGAGGUGCUAUUUAAAGUUCACAAGCUCUGGCUUGCUGAUGACUGCUGGUUACAAGCAAAUUUUUAUCUAGGUCUUCACCAGGACUAUGACCUGGAAGACCAACGGCCAUAUUGCUUCAGUGUCAUGGUUGGACAGGGAAAAAGUCAUUUUUUCAAUGUAGAGCUAGGGAGCGAACUAGCUGUGUGGGAAAAAUCAUUCCAAAGAGCCAUUUUCAUGGAAGUUCAAAGGACAGGGUCCAAAACAUAUAUGUGCAGCUGGCAAGGGGAAGCACUGUGCUUCACAGUGGAUUUUGCCUUGGGAUUCACCUGUUUUGACAGUAAAACAAAGAAUGUUCUCUGGAGGUUUAAAUUUUCUCAACUUAAAGGAUCUUCAGAUGAUGGGAAAACUCGAGUAAAGCUGCUAUUUCAGAAUUUAGAAACCAAACAAAUUGAGAUGAAGGAACUUGAAUUCCAGGACCUGACGGCUAUUUUACAUUGCAUACACUCCUUUAUUGCUGCAAAAGUGGCAUCGGUAGAUCCCCUGUUUAUAGACAGCCAGAGUAUUGCGAGAAGAUACAUGUAUAGCAACUGA